UCAGCAGAGCUGAGCCUGGGAGACCUGUGUGAGCGAAGUUUCCAGGGCUGAACUUGCUGUGGAGCAGAGCCUGCCUUCGUUCUGCUUCUCCCUCCUCGUCUGCAUCCUCACUGGCCGGAGGCAGAGGGAGAAAGAGAGGGUUCGUUCCGAGUCCCAGGCCAUGGUGCCUUGCAUGGAGCGGUUGAACGAGUAGGAUGGAGCAGAUAUAGAAGAAGAGAGAGAGAGCAAGAAGUUGAGAGGGAGAGAGGGAGAGAGAGAGACUUUUCCAAAGCAUUGAGGAAAGCUAGCCCAUCCCGUGAAGAGACGUCAUGGGCUUAUUGAGUGUGGACCUCCUGAUCAGGCUCCAGAUCCUCCCCGGGUUUUUCUCCAACUGUCUCUUCCUGGCCGUCUAUGACUCUGUGCUGCUCAUCAAACAGGUGGUGGGCUUGUUGAGCGGUUCGAGCCCAGCCGAGGACCGGGGCGGCGGACGGCGCAUGCUAACCAUGGUGGGACUACGGUCAGUGUGGAGGAGCUUCCUGCUGGAUGCGCUGAAGCGGGUGAAGCUGGGCGGGGCGGCCCCCAACUCCCAGGUGGUGCGGGUGAGCCCGAGGAGGGGGGGGGAGGAGGAGGAGGAGGAGGAGGAGGAGGGGGAAGCUGGAGGCAGGACCUCCUGCCGGCUUCUGGACUUGGCCAGGCCCGGACGGCCACUGGUGGUCAACUUCGGCUCGGCCACGUGACCCCCCUUCGUGGCGGCGCUGCCCGCCUUCCGCCGACUGGCCGAGGAGUACGCGGCGGCGGCGGACUUCCUCCUGGUCUACAUCGAUGAGGCCCACCCCUCGGAUGGCUGGGCCGCCACCUCCCCCUUCCAGCUGCCGCGCCACCGGACUCUGGCCGAGCGCUGCUCCGCCGCCUCCCUCCUCCUCCGCCACUUCCACCUGGCCCCCUGGUGCCAGGUGGUGGCCGACUCCAUGGACAACCAGGCCAACCGGGCCUACGGCGUCUCCUUCGAGCGCUUCUGCAUCGUGUGGGACGAGAAGGUUGCCCACCUUGGGGGCAAAGGGCCCUUCUUCUACAGCCUGGCCGGGGUCAGGGGCUGGCUGGAGAGGCACCGAGGGGGCAAGGAGUAAGGAGUAGGGGGCCACGGCUGCCUUCACCCAGCGGGGCAAGGGCAGUGGGCUCCAGAGUCGCCCCCCCCCCUUUACCCAAUCCUAUCCAGAGUCGCCCCCUCCCCCCCUUUACCCAGUCCCAAAGCUGAGGCUGUUGGCUGCUGGGUGGCCGAUCUACCUUGGUUGCUCCCAUUGCACAUCUCCGAUCUACCGCCGAGAGGGACAAGGGCAGCAGGCCCUUGGGAGCACCACCGCCCGCAGGUUCCCCCCACCCCAACUCGCCCUGGGUCUCGUCCCUGGGACCCGCCCCCCCUCCUGACAGCGGUGUGAGAGGACCUUCACCAGAGAGACCUCAGCAGUCCAAGAAGGCAGCCUCGCCACCACCUCCUCAGGGGCAGCUCAGGAACGGGCCUCGGAUGUCACACUGAGAUGUCUCAGCGGGUCGGGCAGCGUCUGUGGAGGGAAACGGACUGUCGGCGUUGCAGGUCGAGACCCUUCAUCUGGGCAUUUGAUGUCAGCCUUGGUGGAACUGUCCUCCGCUGAGUGAGCCUUACUUCAAGAGGAACGUCGAGAAAGCGGAAAAUUUAACACAAGUCACGAGAAUCGUGUUAAAAGAAGCUCCAACUAACAUCACGAAAAUUGCUUUGCAAGUGGAAAAUACCAAAGCAAAUCGAGCUGAAAGUCAAGGUUUUUGUUCUGAACAUUGACUUUAUUAUUUAAUUAUCCUGACAUUGCGUUCGAACAUCAGGACAUUCCCUUCUUUAGUUUUUAAGUGGUGCCUUUAUUCUUUUAAUGAGUUGCAUGAAGUUUUCACUUCUUCAGCGUCUGUGUUUCCCUUUUAUCGCCGAGUGUUGCCCUUAACUGCGGGUUUAUGUCUAAGUAUGGGUCACUACAGGGAAAGUCAACACCGACCAUCCAUCCCUAAUCCCUGCUCAGCCGAAGAGGCUGCUGACAUCCAACCACACUGGGGGGACUGGAGUCACAUAGAGACCAGGCAGUGUCGGAGGUCAGGAUUGGACCCAGGUUGUUGGAGCUGUGAGGCAGCAGCUCUGCUGACCACACCAUGAUGCUGCCAGUUUCAUAGGCUC